AGUUGAUCUCACGGCAGAAUAUCAAAAAGUAAACAGACUCUGUUUUUAUGUGUCAGGCGGAUGUGCGAGUCAGUUCACGGAGCUUUUGGUGUCACUGAGAACUUGCUGUAGAUAUACAGCUGUGUAGUUUUGAAGAACACGAGGACGUUAUUCUGUGCGGACGUUCUGGUUUUGUUUGUGAGUGUCCAGCCUGCUGUUGCAUAGUGCGUUGCAUCAGCUAGCAUGCUAAGUAGCCUCUAGCUUGUUAGCUUGUGUUUUAGCCUUUAAACGAAAGUAACGUCGGCUCACGGCUCUGUAGACGAGUGGCAGCUAGCUGAAGAAGUAAGUGAAGAGAGCUUUGCGUGAUGUAUACAGCUGACAGGCGAUGAAGCCCGAGCAUCGGUGUGCUGUCAUGGCUGAGAACGGAGCGCCGGGUCCAAUGGGAGGACGCGCUGGGUCAUCGGGCCGGCUGAGCCGACAGACCUACAGGAGUCCGCAGCAUUUCCGCAGCCUGCUGGACGGCCUGCUGUCUCUCAGACACAGUGGCAUCUUGUUUGAUGUUGUGUUGGUUGUGGAGGGUCGGCCAAUACAAGCACACCGUAUACUUCUGGCAGCCUCUUGUGAUUAUUUCAGGGGGAUGUUUGCAGGAGGUCUCCGGGAGACACAGCAAAAGGAGAUUCCAGUUCACGGAGUAUCUUACAUGGCCAUGAAGAAAAUACUUGACUACAUCUACACGUCAGAGAUUGAGUUAGACCCAGAGUGUGUACAGGAAGUCUUGAUAGCUGCCACACUGGUUCAGCUUGAGAAUGUCAUAGGCUUCUGCUGUGAUUUCCUUUUCUCUUGGAUGGAUGAGAGCAACAUUUUAGAGCUGUAUCACCUAGCUGAUUUCUAUGGACUGCAACAGCUUAAGGCCAAGGUGCACUCCUUCAUCCUCAGUAACAUUCAGACGUUGUCCCGAACAGAUGUGUACCGACAGCUGCCCCAAGAGGAAGUGUUCAGAGCGCUGAGCAGUGACGAGCUCCAGGUGAACAGUGAGAACGAGGUGUACGAGGCAGCACUUCACUAUCAUUACAGUCCCGAGCAGGUGGAAACUGACCAGGUAUACUUACAGGUCAGUCCAAAGGACAAUCUCAAGAUGCUUGAUGCUGUGCGUUUUUGCCUGAUUGAGAAACACAUGUUACAGAGAUUGCAUGACAGACUGAAGCAGUGCCCUCUGAAGGAUUCAGUUUCAGCUGCACUGCACUACCACGAGCAGGAGCUCCUGCAGCCUGUCCUCCAGACUCCUCUCACCCAGCCACGGUCCACUUUCCACUGUAUACUGGGCUUCGGGGGGAUGUUUAGUUCCAGUUCCCUUGCGUACACCGAUCACCUGUUUCAGGUGUUUCACCCAAGCUGGGGGGAGUGGAGGAGUCUCACUGCAGCUCACGCUCCCCGGAUGUCCAACCAGGGCAUCGCUGUGCUCAACAACUUUGUUUAUCUUAUUGGUGGGGACAUGAACACCAGUGGAUUUCAUGCAGAGACCCGCUGCUGGAGAUACGACCCUUGUCACAACAAGUGGCGCAUGAUCCAGUCUCUGCAGCAGCAGCACGCUGACCACUGCGUUUGUGUGGUGGGCGGGCACAUUUAUGCCAUCGGAGGGCGAGACUACAACCACGAGCUGGAGUCAGUGGAGCGUUACGACCCACACACCGACACAUGGGAAUUUGUAUCGCCUCUAAAGAGAGAGGUGUAUGCCCAUGCUGGAGCAGUGGUGGAUGGGAAAAUUUAUAUAACGUGCGGGCGCAGAGGGGUGGCCUACCUCAGAGAGACUUGUUGCUUUGACCCUGCAGCCAAUCAUUGGACAGGGUGUGCAGAUGGCCCGGUGGAGCGGGCGUGGCACGGCAUGGCUGCUGUCAGUGGCCGCAUAUAUGUUGUUGGAGGGAGUAAUGAUGAGCGUGGAUACAGGAGAGAUGUCCUGAAGGUGGCAUGCUUUGACCCUGCAGUCAACUCGUGGUCUUUAAUGUCCCCCCUCCCUGCUGGACACGGAGAACCCGGUAUAGCUGUGGUGCACAAUCACAUCUACGUCUUGGGAGGGCGCUCGCACGACAAAGGCAACAGGAUGAAAUACGUUCACGUGUACAACACCAGCACAGACGAGUGGAAAAAUGAGACGGAGUUUAAGGCACGCGUCUCCGGCCUGGCAGCCUGCGUGGCACUCAUGACCCCUGCCGUGAUCGCCCAGGCCAGAAGCUUGGAGCAACGCACCAAGGCCUCAUGGGAAGAUGGGGACAUGGACAGCUCAGAGGACUCAAGUGAGGACUGAAGCAGCUGUGUUGAACUGAACCCAUCACAAUCAAAGACUGUCUUGCACCCUUUUUUUUUUUAAAUUCAGCAUGUUGGGUUUCACAUACAUUUUAUUUUUGGCGUGUGGCAUGCAUGUUGACCACUCGGAGUGCCUCUGAACCAAAGUGUCAUUCAGGACUUUAGCACACUUUUUCUUACUUCUCAGAUCUGAUCUUAGAUACUUUCACCCCAUUUGGGAAUUUGUUUCUGAACAAAUGUUAACGUUGUUUCCUUAAAACCGUACCUGUUUCUGCAUCGCUUAUCACAGAGAGCAAAUAAAGCUUUCAGGAUUAAUAGCUAUGCAAUAACAUUGUACUUUGGAGUAAAUACAGGCACAUAGGUUUAUUCUUUAAGACAGUGGGGCCCAGAGUUAUUACUGGAGGAGCAGAGUGUGAAAGUUUGUGGAAAGACUGCCAGAUAAACAUAAGAGCCGGAUGAUGAAUCUACACCAAAAGCCACAAGUACCAAAGUAAAGAUCACAAAGUAUGACCAGACAUAUCUGAGUCUCCACUGGGAAAUGAAGAGGGACCACAGUAUGUUCUUCUGACAGUAUGAAGCUGAACAGGUUACUUGGAGAGUAAAGUGGUUUCUUCUUUUUUUUUUCUGUUUUCUGUAAUGUCACACACUGAAGUUGUAUUUCUGUAGUAAUUACAGUUCAUGUUUCCAAAAAACCUUUUUAAGAGUUUGCAAGAAAAGCAUGUGGGUGGGGGGUGGGGGGUAUGGGAACCACUGUUUCAAAGGUUUUUCACACAGUUUAGACUUCUGCGUUUCAGAGCCAGCUCUUAUUGUUCCUUAGCUAAUUAUCUGCAUUGUCAGUUCUCAACGAUACACAAACAAGAGUUUAGUUCACGUCUCCAGCCCUCAAACAGCUGCUCAGCAUUGCCUCAGUGGAGCUAUUAUCACAUCCAAACCUCUGAAUAAUCAUUAGGUUGUUAAACAUUGUGCCUUGUUUUCUUGGUUUCAUUCUGAGCCUGUUUUAUGUUAUAAGUGUAUGUUUGAAUAUAGAUUAGCCUUAGUCAUCGUGCCUAUGAUAUCAUAAAUGGAGUUUUAAAAAAAAAAAAUUAAUUUAUUUAUGUCUGUAUCUGAAUGAUGAGGUUUGAGGCUACAGACUGAAGUUGCCAUUCAUUUGUAAACAAAAUCUGAACAUUAACCUUUACUGUAUUUUUUUUUUGUUGUUCCUUUCACUGAUCUGAUCAUCAUGUGAGCUUAAACUGUGUUGUUAUGAAGAUUUAUUUCAGAGUAUUUCUGUUCACUGAGUCAGCCUUUGCGCCACGCUUGUGUGUGUCUGUUGCCUUAGUUCUUUGUAAACCCUGUUUCACGCUGGCAGCAAAUAGACAACUCCGCCACUAUUAAUGCUUCAUUUGAGCCUGUGUAAUUUUAAAUAACCAUGUAUUUUCCAUGUGAUUUAUUGGAAAUAUUGUCCAACAUGCAAAAAUGGUAUCUGGCUCAUGAGAUUACUUUUUAAAUUUGAUAUAAAAAAAUAUGUCUAGUUUUUGUCAUGACUGACUGUUGCAGAGGGGAAAGGAUUAUACAGUUAAAAAGACAUAGUGGGUGUUUCAUAUUUAAACAAUGGACUUGUUGGCCAACAAACUGAGACUUAGAAUUUAUCCACUGGAUUGUGUCGUAGCAUUGAGCUUGAGAAUUCAUUUAAUCUUAGUGUCUGACUGGGGUUUGUCUUCACUGCCAUUUUGUUUAA